AGUCAGCCCCAGCAAAGCCCAGAUUGCAACUUGCAAUCUGCCAGUCGGCCCAGCGCCUGCCUCAGCCAGUCAGCCCCUUCGGUCCUUCUCCACAGCCCUCGCGCCGUCGCGCGCACAGCGCCUCCCGCCCCCGGCCCUCCCUCCUCACGAUUCACGACCAACUCUGUAGCGCUGCACCACCACCAACCCCACGCUUUCUCUCUCACGCGUAAUCGUGUUCACCGCCCCGCUGCACUCCUGCACGAGACGCCGUGCGCACGAUCACCACUGGCCACGCUGCUGCCGCUCGACACCGCACAAGCCGCGCCGCUGCCCUCACCUGUGCCAGCUGUGGUCGCCGAUAUUCGGAUCUUGCUCUCUGCGACCCUGCACAUACACAGAUACACUGAAGUCUUUUAGAAUGGGGGAGCUGGAAGUUGAUAAACAUGCACGAUACAUUCUCUCAGUUGAAAAGGACAAGGAUAGUUUUGAAUCAGUUGUCAUGGAGCAUUUGAGGAUGAAUGGAGGAUACUGGGGAUUGACGACUCUGGAUCUUCUUGGGAAGCUACAAACCAUUGAUCCAGAUGAAGUUGUUUCUUGGGUCAUGGAGUGCCAACAUGAAUCAGGUGGCUUUGGUGGUAAUAUAGGGCAUGAUCCACACAUACUGUAUACUCUCAGUGCUGUUCAAAUUUUGGCUCUUCUUGACAGACUAGAUGUUCUCAACAUUGAGACAGUAUCAAAUUAUAUUGCUAGGUUGCAGAAUGAAGAUGGUUCCUUUUCAGGUGACAUGUGGGGUGAAGUAGACACCCGGUUCUCUUAUGCUGCAAUAUGUUGUCUUUCAUUAUUAAAUUGCUUGGAUAAGAUUAGCGUGGAGAAUGCCGUGAGAUAUGUGCUUAGCUGCAAAAAUAUGGACGGUGGAUUUGGAUGCACACCUGGUGGAGAAUCUCACGCCGGUCAGAUUUUUUGUUGUGUUGGUGCCCUUGCUAUAGCAGGGUCCCUUCACCUGAUAGAUAGAGAUCUUCUUGGGUGGUGGUUAUGUGAGCGGCAGGUUAAAUCUGGAGGCUUGAAUGGCCGCCCUGAGAAGCUACCAGAUGUCUGCUACUCUUGGUGGGUGCUCUCUAGCCUGAUCAUGAUUGACAGGGUGCAUUGGAUAGACAAGGAAAAGCUUGUUAGAUUCAUUCUGGAUUGUCAGGACAAGGAAAAUGGAGGAAUCUCAGACAGGCCAGAUGAUGCUGUUGAUGUUUUCCAUACGUACUUUGGAGUUGCUGGGCUCUCACUCCUUGAAUACCCAGGACUGAAAGCAAUAGAUCCAGCUUAUGCUUUGCCUGUUGAUGUUGUGAAUCGGAUUUUCAUUGGAAAAUAAAUGGAUUGGUCAAACGUGCAUCACCUAGCAAGGUCGUCUGGCCUGUUUACAAUUGGGGUAAUGAUCAAGUACCUUGCCAUUUGUGAAAGUGAAUGAUAACGAGACCCAUACCAGAAGGCAGAACUGAGGACUUGUUUCUGGAACAACUGAGAAAACCAAACAGAUUGGAGCAUCCUCUCCUGAUCUAAGCUGACUUGGGAGGAUAUAUAUAUUCUUUGACAUGUGAUGUCACAGCAUGGUCAAGUGUCAAAUUUUCUUGCUAUUUACUGUGGUUGCCAGAAUUAUUCUAGUGUCUUGUGUUGAUUCAAACACCGUAGGCUCACUUAUGGUACGGUAAUAUGAGCCAGCAGUAGUUGACACUGUUCAUGAACUUCCUUCUCUUUCCCGCAGUCUAUAUUCCCUUAGGAGUCAACUGGAUCUUCUGUGUUGCAUUUUCUUGAAUAACUUCCAUUGAUGAUGUAUAAAAAGGUUUU